AUGUUCAGAUCAAGACUACCACUUCCUAGAUCAAGACUAAUAAGAUUCAUAAACACUUCUCAAUCAAAUAAAUCAACAACAACUACUACUCCAUCAACUAUAAACACUGUUAAUAAAUCAAGUCAAAAUGAUUACACUAUAUUACCAAACAAGCAAACUUUAAACCCACAAAAAACAUAUUUGGAUUCCCUUUCAAACAAAAUGUUAUUUUCAUAUGGUGCUAUUGGUUUAUGUACCCUAAAUAAACCAAUUUUAAACUUGGUUAUUAAAUUAUUCCCAAUUAUACCAACUCCAAUCCUAGAUUUCUUUAUUGGUAAAUUAUACGUUGGUGGUUCAACCCCUUCAGAAGUUAUCAAAACAGGUGAAGAAUUAUCAAAAAGAGGUAUUAAUAACAUGAUGUUAAGUUUAACAAUUGAAGAUUCUGAAGGUACAAAAAACAUUGAUAUAAAUUAUAUCGUUGAAGAAACUAUGAAUUCAAUUGAAACUAUCUUGAAACCACAAAUCCUUAGAGUUUUGACACAAGAACCAAAUAUUAAUGAAAUUCCACCAGGUUAUAUUGUUAUUAAACCAAGUGCAUUAAUUUCAAAUCCGGCUCAAGUUUUAUUAAAUUUUGAAAAACCUGAAUGGUCUGAACAAUUCCAACAAUUGAAUAAAAAUUGUGAAAUUAUUACUGAAGAAGUUGUCAGACUAAACAAUGAAUUAUCUAAAUUAUAUCCUGAAAGAAAAUCACCAUUUUUCGUAACAGUUAUUGAUGCAGAAAAAUUUGAUUUACAACAAGGUGUCUACAAAUUACAAAGAAACCUAUUCCAAAAAUUCAAUAAACCAUCAGGAUUCGUUAACGUUGUCGGUACAAUUCAAAUGUAUUUAAAACAAUCAUUCCCACAAAUCAAAUUAGAAGAAUCACUUGCCCAAGCCGGUAAUUACAGAGUUGGUUUAAAAUUAGUUAGAGGUGCUUAUAUCCAUUCCGAAUCAGAUCGUUCAGUUAUUCAUGAUACCAAAUUAGAUACAGAUCAAUGUUAUGACCAAGGUAUAAAAUACGUUUUAUCAGACCUAGAAAAAAACCAAUCCUCAGCAACACUAGGCCACCUCGUUGUCGCUUCUCAUAAUUCAAAAUCAUCACAUAUAGCAUGUGAUUUAUUAUCCCAAUCAAAAUCAGAUAUAGUUAAAUCAAAUGUUGUCUUGGGUCAAUUAUUAGGUAUGUGUGAUGAUGUUACAUUUAAUUUAAUUCAAAAUCAUAAAGUUAAGAAUAUUAUUAAAUAUGUUCCUUGGGGUCCUCCUGUUGAGACUAAAGAUUAUUUGCUAAGAAGAUUACAAGAGAAUGGGGAUGCUGUUAGGGAGGAUAAUGGUUGGAAAUUGGUUAAACAAGUGGCUAGGGUUUUUAAAAAUAGGUUGUUUUAA